UCCUAGUGUUUUACGAUAUCGAUUUUCUGUGAUGUUAUUAUUUCGAAAUUAUCGCCGCAUUUCUAUUUAUUUGUGUAUUAUUGUUUUCAUUAUUUACGUUAGUAAGAUUAUUCAACGUUAUAUUAAUGAAUGUUCUGUUAGAGAAAAGUUAUCUUUAGAUAACGCAACUCGAGAUUUAAUGGUUCCGAAAGAAUUAACAAUAACAAAUAGAAAAACAAAAUUUUUAGAGCAAGAGUUUACAAAUCUUUCGAGACUCGGGCAGUGGCUUUUAUCGUCCAAAAAAUUGUUACCAGUAAUAAUACACAAAAAAUCGAAACCUUAUAUAAUUCUAAUUUGGAAAUACGGACCAUUUUUGGAAAGAAGACAUAUUAGACGAUUUACUAAUAUUAAAUUUUCGCCUUGGGAGAAUUGUUCGGUAGAUAAUUGUUUAUUGAGUUACAAUUCGGAAGAUUUAAAUAAAGCGGACGCAGUUGUAUUCCAUCUUCAUUUUACUAAAAGUGUACAAAAUUUACCUAUUAGAACUCGUUCGAAUCAGAGAUGGAUAUUUUUAACGGACGAAUCGCCGAUGCAUACAUUUUAUUACCAAAAUCAAAAAUUAUCAGAUUACAAUGGCUUAUUUAAUUGGUCAAUGUCGUACCGCAUGGAUAGCGAUAUACCUGUACCUUAUGGUAGAACUAUUCCAAUAUCCUCGACGAGAAAUUCGUUUAACAAUUUAACGUAUUUAUAUAAUUAUUUCAUAAGCUCGAAAACAAAACUUGUCGCGAUAAUGGCCAGCAAUUGUUCUGGUAAAAACAAAAGGUGGGAAUACAUCCGUUCUUUGGAAUCAAUACUGGGUAACGAUCUUGAUAUUUACGGACGAUGUAAGGGGGGUAAUAAAACAGCUUGCCCUGGUCACUUUGAUACCGAUUGUCCCGCCUUAAAUGCUUAUAAAUUUUAUCUAGCUUUUGAAAAUUCUAAUUGUAAGGAAUAUUUGACCGAAAAAGUUUUUUGGAAUGGAUACAACAAAUUUGCAGUUCCGAUUAUUAUGGGUGCUCCGAAAAGCGAUUGUGAACGACUUUUACCAUCAGGAUCAUAUCUACACGUUAAUGAUUUUGCUAGUUCGUACGAGUUAGCACAUUAUCUUAAAAAUUUCCAUCAUAAUAUUAGUAAUUAUCUUCAAUUUCACGUAUGGCGUCAAAACUUCGAAGUAUUGAAUGAACACGGUUAUUUCGGUAGCGUAUCUCGUCAUUAUUGUCGUAUUUGCGAGGCUUUGCAUUAUAAUUCUCUUGCUAACAAAAUUUAUAAGGACCUCGAUUAUUUUUGGGGCAAAGAAAAAUUCUGUUCAUAAAAUUAAUUAGAAUACUUAUCCUGUAAGAACAUACGAACGGUCGUGUAUAUAUUUACUUGUGAUAGAAAGAAA